AUGUCCAAGUCGUUCACCAAGGCCGAGGUCGCCAAGCACAAGGACGAGAAGGAGGGCAUGUUCAUCAUCGUAGAUGACGGCGUCUACGACGUUGCCGGCUUUCUGGAGGAGCAUCCCGGCGGCGCCAAGAUCCUGAAGCGCAUGGCCGGCAAGGACGCCACCAAGCAGUUCUGGAAGUACCACAACCAGAAGGUGCUGGACAAGUACGCCGGCAAGCUCAAGGUCGGCACUGUGGCCGACAGCGCCAAGCUAUGA